AUGGCGUGGCAGCCGAACCCCGAGUCCUUGGGCCAGCUCGCCGCUUGUCUCAAGGACUCCCUCAGCGGCUUCAACAAGGCUGCGCAGAAACAAGCAGAGUUGAUGCUCAGCCAGGCCAAGGCCUCGCCCGACUUCAACAACUACCUUGUCUACCUCUUCUCCAGUGCCGAGCCCCCUGCCGGCUUGCAAUGUUCCCCCGAAGACUAUCAUCUGGUGAGGGCUGCAGCCGCCCUUAUGCUCAAGAACAACGUUAGGACGGGCUACAAGCAGAUCCCAGAGGCCAGCUUCGCGCUUAUAAAAAUGGCCAUCCCUAUGGUCCUGGAGGAUAGAAAUUCCCAGAUGCGCAACUACGCUGGCAACAUCGCCACCGAGAUUAUCCGUCGCGGCGGUCUCCUCAGUUGGCCCGAGCUACUACCAAAGCUGCUGGACCUGCUCUCGAACGAGACCGGCCAGGUCUCGAAUGAAGCCCAAGAAGGUGCCAUGACAACCAUGGCAAAGAUCUGCGAGGACAACACCAAGAUGCUGGAGCGCGAACUCAACGGCCAGCGACCCCUCAACUUUAUACUCCCCAAGCUCAUUCAGGCCACCAAGAACCCCUUGCCCAAGGUUCGUGCUCAGGCUCUGACGGCCAUCAACGUCUUCACCCCUCGCAAGUCCCAGGCCAUGUUCAACGCUAUUGACGACCUAUUACAACACCUAUUCACUCUGGCAAGUGACAACAACCCGGACGUUCGGAGACAGGUUUGUAGGGCCUUUGUGCAGCUGGUGGAGACUCGUGCCGACAAGCUUCAACCGCAUCUUUCGGGUCUUGUUGACUACAUCAUCAGUCAACAGAAGGGAGACGACGAGGAGCUCGCUUGUGAUGCUGCCGAGUUCUGGCUGGCUGUUGGUGAGCACGAUGACCUGUGGCAAUCCCUCACGCCAUACAUUGGCAGCAUCAUCCCUGUCCUCCUGGAGUGCAUGGUCUACAGCCCAGAGGACAUUGCCAUGCUUGGUGGAGCUUCCGACGAUGAGGAUGAGGAAGAUAAGGAGGAGGACAUCAAGCCACAGUUUGCGAAGAAGUCGUCCGCGAGGACAGCCAACGGUGAGGCGUCGGCCGACAGCGCGCAGAAUGGGAACGCAUAUGAGAAACUCGCCAGCAUGGACGAUGACCUGGAGGAAGGUGAAAUUGACGACGUUGAUGACGGCGAUGAUGCGGACCCGGAUGAGCGCUGGACCCUUCGGAAGUGUUCAGCCGCCGCCUUGGAUGUUUUUGCCAGGGACUACGGAGGUGCCGUUUUCGAGUCCAUCCUGCCCUACCUGACCAAGAACCUGAAGCACGAAGAUUGGCCUCACCGGGAAGCUGCAGUACUAGCCUUGGGCGCAAUCGCGGAAGGCUGUAUGGAUGUUGUUACUCCUCACCUUCCCGAGUUGGUGCCUUAUCUCAUCACUCUGCUCAACGACCAGGAGCCUGUGGUACGACAAAUCACCUGUUGGACCCUAGGCCGUUAUUCCGCCUGGGCUGCCGGCCUCAAGGACCCAGCUCAGAAGCAGGCCUUCUUCGAGCCUAUGAUGGAAGGCAUCCUGCUAAAGAUGCUGGAUAGGAACAAGAAAGUCCAGGAAGCCGGUGCCUCGGCUUUCGCAAACCUGGAGGAGAAAGCUGGUAAGAAUUUGGAGCCAUACAGUGGCCCCAUCAUUCAGCAAUUCGUGAGCUGCUUCGCAAAGUACAAGGACAGGAACAUGUAUAUCCUCUACGAUUGUGUCCAGACCCUGGCGGAGCAUAUCGGUCCUGUUCUGGCUCGCCCUGAGCUCGUCAAUCAACUCAUGCCAGCCUUGAUCAAUCGGUGGCAGAGGGUCACAGACCAGUCGCGGGAGAUCUUCCCUCUGCUUGAGUGUCUGUCAUAUGUCGCCAUGGCUCUCAACGACGCUUUCACCCCCUACGCCCAGCCGAUAUUCAACCGAUGUGUCAAGCUCAUCCACGACAACCUCGAGGCUGCGAUAGCCUUGGCAAACAACCCAUCCCUGGACGUUCCUGAUAAGGACUUCCUGGUCACUAGCCUGGAUCUGCUGAGUGCCAUUAUCCAAGCCUUAGACAAGCAAAAGUCCGCUCAGCUAGUCAAGGAGUCCUCCUUGCCUGUCUUUGAGCUGUUGACCUUUUGCUUGGAAGACCCCGCCGACGAGGUGCGGCAAUCAGCGUUUGCACUUCUUGGGGAUUGUGCCAAGUAUGUCUUCGGCGAGCUCCAAAGCUCUCUGAACAACGUUGUACCAGUGCUGCUGAAGCAGCUGGACCUGGAUAGCGUUCUGGAUGAGGAGAUCGAAAGCGGGUUCAGUGUCGUCAACAACGCAUGUUGGUCAGCAGGAGAGAUUGCUCUUCAGUGGGGAAGCAACAUGGCGCCGUUCAUUCCCGAGCUUUUCAAGCACUUCGUCUCAAUAAUGUCGGACCCCAAUGUCCCAAGAAGUGUUGGUGAAAAUGCCGCGAUCGCUCUCGGGCGCCUCGGAACCGGAAAUGCCGGGCUCAUCGCCCCGCACAUCGACAAGUUUGCGGAGGAGUUCUUGAAACUCAUGGACGAGGUGGACCCCUCCGACGAGAAAGCCACAGCCUUCAGAGGUUUCACCGCCAUUGUUGAGCAGAACCCAAUGGCUAUGGAGAGCUCUCUCCUCCACUACUUCACGGCUAUUGCUCGGUAUAGGGAUCUGAAACUGCGAAGCGACACGAAGAAUGGCUUGCACGAGGAUUUCCAGAAGACACUCAACAUUUACCGUCAACUGAUUCCUCAGUUCGAGAGUUUUGUCGGGCAGCUGCAGCCUCAGGAUCAGCAGGCGCUGAGGAUGAACUAUGCUUUGUCGUAG